UUUAUGGCAACAGCAUCUUGAAACAAAAUGGUGGAUUCUUUUUCAGUAGCUUCAAUGUAAUUGCAAUAGAAUGACCGUGGUUUCAGUAAAGGCCUUAUUUGCUUAAAAUUCAGAUUUCUAACAUUUUUAAAUACUGAAUUGCGAUGAGUUUCAACAAUGGUCCAUACAUUUUCAGCGACGUGCCUGGAUUUGAAGCUUCUAAAGGCGAACGACUAGUGCCCUCUUGUAAUAUAAAUAUGAACAUGAAUAACUUGGGAUCUACUGAUAUCGCGUCUGAAGUUGUUGUUUCGGACACUCGUGAUGUUGAAAUUGCAGAUAUCCUUGUUGGCAUGCCAGCUGAGACUGUUAACGUCACUUGUGAAGUUAAUGAAGAACAACCUUUGAUAUCUUUACAGCCAUUAUUAGAUGCAUCAAGCCAAGGAAUUAUACUUCAACCUCAAGAAGAAAUCGUAGGUGCUGACUCCGAGUCCGAAGGAUUAUCGGCAUAUGAACAUAUACCUGUUUCUACCAAUGAUGUUAUUCUGGACCCUUCUUCUGGCCAAGGAAAUAAACGUGGUAGGAAAGGCAAAAAAAUUGGAAAUAAAGGAAAACUAACUGGCGAACAAUUGUCCGAAAAUAAGCGUGCAGCCCGUAAGUGGGAUCGCAAACAAGUGCAAAUUAAAACUUUGGAAGGUGAGUUUUCGGUUACUGUAUGGGCAUCUGGUAGUGAUGAUGACAAAAAAGGCAUGUCAGUGGAGGAUUCAAUGACUCCUGAGCCAGAUCCUGACUAUACUGAAUACAUGACAGGAAAAAAGGCUCUUCCUGGUGGUAUACCUGGUGUUGACUUAAGUGAUCCAAAACAGCUGGCUGAGUUUGCUAAGAUGAAACCUCGAAAACAGAAUGAUGACAUUGCACGAACAAUAGCCUGUCCUCACAAAGGCUGCAACAAAAUGUUUCGUGAUAACUCAGCAAUGAGGAAACAUCUGCAUACUCAUGGUCCCCGAGUUCAUGUUUGUGCUGAAUGUGGGAAAGCAUUUGUUGAAAGCUCCAAGUUAAAAAGACAUCAAUUAGUUCACACAGGAGAAAAGCCUUUUCAGUGUACUUUUGAGGGUUGUGGUAAACGCUUUUCUCUCGACUUCAAUUUGCGAACUCAUGUGCGAAUUCAUACAGGAGAUAGACCUUAUGUUUGUCCAUUUGAUGAGUGUAAUAAAAAAUUUGCACAGUCAACUAAUCUGAAAUCCCAUAUCCUUACCCAUGCAAAGGCUAAAUUUGAAGUGUAUAAUUAAACAAUUUCAUCAAUUUUUAUAACCAGAUAUAUAUUUCAUAUGAUUAGUUUACAAAUUAUUUUUCAUGAUUAUUAGAUCAUUUAAUUAGAUUUCAAUUAUGAACUUUAUUUUCCUGAGUAUUUCUAAAAAAAACUGUUAAAAUUUUUUUUAGCUUUUGUGUUGAUGGAUUGUACAGUUUUAGCUGCUGUAUAAGAUGCCUGUUAGGUAGAUUUCAAACAAUAGCAAGUUGUAUUUAUUUUGGUGCUAAAAUAUGUACAAUUUCUGACCAUUAGCAUGUGUACUGCAACUUUCCGACUUAAAUAUGGAAAUUUGUGUACUAUUUACAAAGACUGUAUCUGGAACAUUCAAUGGAUAAAUUUGAGCUAAAUCAUUUCUUAAUGUAGGGUACCCAAAAUUUAUUUUUUUGAGUAUAUAAAGUUGAUAGUUUAAUAUGUCACCGAAACAGUUUUAAAAUUAAAAAGAAAAGAUAAUAAGGGAAAAGUUUAUUAUUUAAUUAUGUUCAUGCUUUGUUUAUGGUCAAACAUAUGUUUUUUUUAUGGUCAAACAUAUGCUUUUCUUAAAUUUAAAAAAAACGUAAACUGUGAGAAACAGUUAGCUAAGUGUGAUAAGAUGUGAUAUGUGUAUAUGUAUAUGUUCAUUUUAAACUUGUCAACUUGAUAUAUAUAUAUAUAUAAUUCUGCAUAUCUAUGCAGAUCUUGUAGUAUAGUAACUAUUAUACAUGUGCUUUAUUUCUUAAUUUUGUUUUCCAAUGGUACACUAUUUUGAGUGCAUUGAUGCUUUAAUUAAUAAUCCUCAUACAGAUAUUCAAUUAUAUGCAUUCUUAUUCUUAUAAAUGUACUUAUUAUUGUUCUUUUCACUCCCCAACCCCAUUUUCUUAAAAUGUCUCGCUCCUGAUAUUUUUACUUUUCUUAAAAGAACUUAUAAUACUUAAAAGGAGACAAUUUCUUUGUUAAAUAAUUAUUUUGGAAGAAUUCUUUAUAUCUGAUGGAUGAUUAAUUAAUUUGCAGACAGAUAUUUAGUCAAAAAUAUUUUCUUGUCUGUUUUUUAAUAUUCGGCAUAGGUAUCCUGUAGAAUCUUUGAAUAAAAAAUAAUUUCUCAGAAUAUUUAAAUGAAGAGCAUAAUAAUUUCUAUUAUUGAUUUAGCAUAAAUGUAAUGAAAUGUUGUACCAGUCACUGAAGAUACAACAUCACUUCACUAAUUGUAUUCUUUCUUCGUCAUUUUAUUUUUAAUGCCACUUUUUUUCAUCGCUUUUAUUUUCUUGUACCAUUUUUUAUGACUAGACAUUGAUUUUAAUUAUGAAAAAAAAAAUGCACUUGGAGAUUACACAGGGUUUUUGUAACAUAAAUUCUUUAAUUUUAUGUAUUUUAAAAGAGAACAUCUCUACAUGAAUUUCAUUCAUAUAAUUUCUUAUUAAAUAUUUGAAUAGUUUCUUCCAUUAAGUUUUAGGUUGAAUUAAAAAAAAAAAAUUAUUUUAUACCAAUUGCUGAAAGUUGCAUUUUUAAAAAAAUGAAUGGUGCAAUUGCAAUAUCUCUCCAGGUAUAUAUAUAUAUAUAUUUAGUUAUAUCUUUUGUGUAGAUAUUGAAUUUUUUGAGAAUAAUUUCAUUGAAUGUUUAUUAUUCUCGUAACUUAUGGAAAAUGUGGAAUUUUACAAGUUUAAUAUUAAUAAGUGGUCUUCAAACUUUAUAGGCUCACAGCAUGUUUAUAUGACCCUUUGGCAUGACAGUAUACCUUUCUCUAAAGUAUAUGUAUGUUAGAUGUUUGUAGUUAUGUUAUAUAGGUGUUGUCGAUAGUGAAAGAAAAAAAAAAGACACUUUGAAAUUUGCAUAAUGAAAUUUUAUUUCUCAAUUCAAUAAUAACAUAAUUUGUUCUGCUGGUAUCAUUAACUCUUAACAUCAUUAAAUCUGGUGAAUAGAAUGUCUUGCGAUUUUUUAUACAAGCAAUUUGAAAUCUAGCUCUAUAGAUGAUAAUCUGCAGGCACAUUUCAUAUUCAUCAUUAAGCUCUUACUAAUAUCAGUGUUUCUAAUCUUGAGGGGAUUAUAUUUUUUUGUCCACUUGUAGAAGCCCUAAGAGCAUCUUCCGGCAGCCUAGGGUUUGAAGAUUGCUGAUCUAAGUAAUUGUUAAAAAUGUUUUCAAGAUGUAAAAUUUACUAUAAAAAGUUUAUUUAAUGGAACUCUUACUUAUAAGGGUACCCUAUUUGUUAAGUAGUUAUAUUCUCUUUUGAAAAGGGAAAAGAAAAAAGCUAUACAUAUGUAUUGAACUUGAGUUUAAUAUUGUUUUUCUGUGGUGUUUCAUACAUAUUUCUUGAUUUGUAUUGUAUAGAGGAUUUAAAAGCCCAAGUGGUAGGCUUUUUGUUGUAUAUAAAUUGUUUUGCAUAUUGCAAGCAACCUAUAUUAUAUAUAUAUAUAUAUAUAUAUGUGACCAUUUUCUGUUUGAAUGUGUGUUGUCAUGUGAAAUUAUUGCAUUCUAUAUUGCAAUAUUUCUUUUAUAAAAAUUUAAUGACAUGCAUUAAUUAAUACAUCUAAUUAAACCAACAAACUAUACUUGAUUAAUUAUUGAUUAACUUUUGGCUAUGUAGAUUCUUAGACAAAAAUGAUAUUUUUUCUCACCAGAUAUUUACAAAAUGCUUGUUUUUUA